GAGAGGGGAAAGACGGAAGGAAGUCCUCGAGAUCAUGGCAGGUUCCAUGGUUGAUCCGCCCAGGGGUUGUGAUUCCUCGACGGGAUCCGGGACCGCUGCCCCCCGUGGUUCGUUGGUCUGGGUGGGUUCCGCUAUACUAUACAUGUGGUUCUAUCCACUGUGUUUUUUUGAAUUGAGAGUGUAUUCUUUGAUUCUUUUUUCCACAAGAAUAUCACUCGAGAGAUGAAUCCCUCGCAAGUACGAUUGAACUGCAGCGCAGUGCAGC